GCUGUGUGGGUGGACGCGGUUAUCUUCGUCUUCAGCCUGGAGGAUGAGAUCAGCUUCCAGACGGUGUACCACUACUACAGCCGCAUGGCAAACUACCGAAACACCUCUGAGGUGCCCCUGGUUCUGGUGGGCACCCAAGAUGCCAUCAGCUCAGCCAACCCUCGUGUGAUAGAAGACACGCGUGCACGGAAGCUCUCCAACGACCUGAAGCGAUGCACCUACUAUGAGACCUGUGCCACCUACGGCCUGAACGUGGAGCGUGUCUUCCAGGACGUGGCUCAGAAGAUUGUGGCGACACGGAAGAAGCAGCAGCUGUCCAUCGGCCCCUGCAAGUCCCUCCCCAACUCUCCCAGCCACUCAUCUGUCUGUUCCCAGCCUGUGUCAGCCGUGCUCAUCAACCAGACCAGCAACGGUGGAGGCAGUCUGAGUGACUACUCGUCGUCCGUGCCCUCCACCCCCAGCACCAGCCAGAAGGAGCUGCGCAUCGAUGUCCCCCAGAGUGCCAACACACCCACACCCGUCCGCAAGCAGUCCAAACGCCGCUCCAACCUCUUCACUUCGCGGAAGGGGAGUGAGCCGGAUAAGGAGAAGAAAGGCCUUGAGAACCGGGCGGACAGCAUCGGGAGCGGACGCGCGAUCCCAAUUAAACAGGGCAUGCUCUUGAAGCGGAGUGGCAAGACUCUGAAUAAGGAGUGGAAGAAGAAGUACGUGACACUGUGUGACAAUGGACUGCUAACCUACCACCCCAGCCUGCAUGACUACAUGCAGAACGUCCACGGCAAGGAGAUUGAUCUGCUGCGGACCACUGUGAAGGUUCCAGGCAAGAGGCCCCCCAGAGCCGUGUCCACCUGUGCAGCCGUGCCCAGCCCCAAGACCAACGGCCUGGCCAAAGACAUGAGCAGUCUGCAGCUGGGACCAGGACAGGCACAGGCCCCGGGCACAGUGAGCACCAGCACAUCUGCGUCUCAGAUGGCCAGUGGCAUCAGCCUGGUGUCCUUCAACAGCCGGCCGGACGGCAUGCACCAGCGCUCCUACUCCGUGUCCAGCGCCGACCAGUGGAGCGAGGCCACCGUCAUCGCCAACUCUGGCAUCAGCACAGACACAGGGCUGGGGGAUUCAGUGUGCUCCAGUCCCAGCAUCUCAAGCAGCACGAGUCCCAAGAUGGAUCCCCCUCCGUCGCCCCACGCCAACCGCAAGAAGCACCGCCGGAAGAAGAGCACCAGCAACUUCAAAGCGGACGGCCUCUCUGAACAAGAAGAAAACUUUGAGUUUAUCAUCGUUUCGCUGACGGGGCAAACCUGGCACUUUGAGGCGACCUCAUAUGAAGAAAGGGAUGCUUGGGUCCAGGCCAUCGAGAGUCAGAUCCUGGCCAGCCUGCAGUCCUGUGAGAGCAGCAAGAACAAGUCCCGUCUAACCAGUCAGUCCGAAGCCAUCGCUCUGCAGUCCGUCAGGAACAUGAGAGGGAACUCCCGCUGCGUGGACUGUGAAGCACAGAACCCUGACUGGGCCAGUCUGAACCUGGGGGCACUGAUAUGUAUUGAGUGUUCAGGCAUCCACCGUAACCUGGGCACUCACUUGUCGCGCGUGCGCUCUCUGGACCUGGACGAGUGGCCCCUGGAGAUAAUCAAGGUCAUGUCCUCCAUCGGCAACGAGCUGGCCAACAGCGUGUGGGAGGGCAACGCACAGGGCCGCCUCAAACCUGCGCCUGACGCCAGCAGGGAGGAGCGUGAACGCUGGAUCCGGGCGAAGUACGAGCAGAAGCUGUUUGUGGCGUCGCCGUCGUGCACGGAGCUCCCUCUGGGCCAGCAGCUCCUGAGGUCCACGGCGGACGAGGACCUGCGCUCCGUGGUGCUGCUCCUGGCUCACGGCUCGCGAGACGAGGUCAACGAGACGUGCGGAGAGGGCGACGGGCGCACCGCACUCCACCUGGCCUGCCGUAAGGGCAACGUGGUCACUACUCAGCUGCUCAUAUGGUACGGGGUGGACCUGAUGGCGCGUGACGCCCACGGGAACACGGCGCUGGCGUACGCGCGGCAGGCCAACAGUCAAGAGUGCGUGGACAUCCUGCUCCAGUACGGCUGCCCCGACGAACGCUACCCGCUCAUGGCCACGCCCAACCUCUCGCGCCGCAACAACAACCGCAACAACAGCUGCAGCAGCACGGGCAGCGCCGCCAUCAUCUGAGCACCACCACUACCCACCCUGCCACCCCCCGCCUGCCACCCACGC